UUUCAACGGGUUAGCGCUCACACACACACAGACAGACAAACUUACACCUUUUAAGGACUUUUGUAAACAUUUUCCACAUAUUGUGCUGUAAAUCGAAAAAAAAGAAAAUCCGAAAAAAGUUUAUCCAACCCAAGAUGCAUUCGACCAAGAUUAAAGAGGGCGAUGACAGAGAGGAGAUGGAGCUAAAUCAAAUCUGGCGAGGAUGUCGUAAAAUCCAGGGCGCCAUUUUUCGUUAUAACUUUGACAUCUGCGCCGACCUAAAGCAGCAUGAUCCCUGUUGCAGUGGCUUCGUGUCCGAGCCCAUUUUCACCGCCGUGCUGGGCAAGUAUCGCAAGGUGGCCGGCAUGUCCGAGUCGGAACUCCGGGAUGUCACUGACUAUUUCCAAAUUCGAGAUGGACGCGUGGCGUAUCGUCAGUUCUGCAAGGUCGUCUGCAGCGAAACACUCCAUAAGACCGCCAAAAGUGAUCUAGCUACGGGACUGGAGUGGAACGAUCCCUGGCAUGUGAAUGUUGUACCCCAGCCGGAGGAUCGACGACGUCUCUGCCUGAUCCUGCUCAAGAUAGCCCAAUUAUGCAAUAUUCCGCUCAUGCCCUACUUUCAGGACUACGAACUGAUUGCGCAAAAUGUUGGAGUUGUUACCGUUGCGCACUUUUCUCGUGUGCUGCACUUCAUGAAGAUACCACUUUCGGAGUCAGAUUUUCUGCUCCUACUCAGACGCUAUAUGAAGGAUGGAUACCUGGUCAACUAUGUGGCUUUCCUCAAGCACAUCGAUAAUAUUAUAGCAUACCUGGGCGAGCAUCAUCUGCUGGACAACUCGCAUGAUAUUAUCAAGGACUUUCCGGGACGUUUAGUGGACCUAGAACUUUCCCAACUUCCAGCUAUUGAUGGCUGCAAGGCAGUGCAUCCAAUCUUUCCUGAUGCCUGCAGUACACCCAAAAAGAAUCGAAAUCAGUGCGACAUUCUGUUCUGCAUUCAGAACUACGUCUACAAGAGCCAAGUGCGCACCUCCGAGUUCCUGGAGUGCUAUGACAGCCUAAACGUGGGCAGCAUCACCAAGAAUCAAUUUGAGCGCGGUCUCUCCAACAUGGGAGUGGGAAAAUAUCUGACCCAAAGGGAAAUGUCCAUCCUGCUGGAACGCUACACUGAUCCCGUGGAUAUCAAUCGAGUGCGUUGGCGCAAUUUCGCUGAUGAGAUCGAUACAGUAUUCACCAUAAAGAACCUGGAGAAGAUGCCACAGUGUGUCGUGGAAUCGCCACUUCGUCACAUCCAGGAGUUGCCCAGACCAGGCGCCGUGCCCUGGGAGUCUGUGUCGGCGAAUGUUCGUGAUAUGUGUGAGGAUGCCAUGGCCAAGAUUAAGAUACGCAUCCGCAAUCGUCGCCUCUAUCUGCAUCCAUUCUUCCGAAGCUACGAUAAACUCAACAGUGGACAUGUGCGCUGCAAUAUUACCAAGCAGAUCUUCCGCACCAAUGGCAUCCUUCUGUCCGAUCCGGAGCAGGACUCUGUGCUGAGUCGCUAUGGAAACGAGCUGGGCUUUUGCUAUACCAAGUUUUUGGACGACGUCGAUCCGGCGGAGUAUGCCAUGCCAGCGCUGGUCACCAAGCAGCAACUGGUGGAGUGUCCACCGUUUGCGAGGGACAAUCUGGAUCCCGAGGAUGUCAGCGAGGAGGUCAUCGUGCGCAUCCUUACGAACGCCAAGCGACAGGCUGUGGUCAAGAGCGUGGCCGUCAUCGAGUUCAUGAAGGACUACGAUCGCCAUCGCGAGGGCGAGAUCCUUGAAUCGGACUUCAAGCGAGCCCUGGAUAACUCAAGUGUAAUCCUCAAGGAAGAGGAAGCUAACAUCUUGUGCAACAUCUUCCGUUCACCGAAUCGCGUGUCCUGCAUUCGCUAUCGCGAUUUCUGCAAGGCCCUCGACGAGAUCUUCAUCCAACUGGACACGAACAUGGGUGACCAGGUGGUGACCGCCGUUCCCCUGCUCCACCUGCCCAAUCUGGACUGCGUCGACUGCUUCCUAAGCUUCGACGAGCGAACCAUCUGCUCGCAGGCCCUGAUGAAGUUGGCCCGCAAGCCGGACGAGAUCUCCAAUCUGAGUCAGGUAUUCAAGGACUUCGAUCGCGAACAGUGCGGCUCGAUCACGCAGAAUCAAUUCCUGCGCGGCAUCACGGUGCGCGACAUGCAUGUAAUGCUGAGCAGCCGCGAGUUCCAAGCGAUCUGCAAGUGCUUCGGCGUGAAGAAGGGCAUGUGCAUGGAGUUCAACUACCGGGAGUUCCUGAAAAUCCUCGACGUGCUCUUUGCCACCGGCCAAAUGAAGCGCAACUAUUAAGAGUCGCGCGAAAACUAACCCUCUCCAAAUUCCAAGUGUAUUCCGUUUCAUUUGUCCAAAUUUUUGAAUGUUAUCAGUAAAAUAAAAAACAAUUGAUGGACUCUUUUUAAUUUAGGUUUCUUUAAUGUAAUGUUCGCUUUAAAACUGAUCUCCUAUCAUUCAAUUAAGUUAGGUUGUAAUUUCGCUUGAGAAUGUUUAAUUUUUUUUAAGGGGGAAAAUCCACGCUUCCAUGUAUUGAUUUCCUCGAAAUGCUACCUAAACUGCCCGUCCAGCGCACAUUCGGCAUUUAUGUAUAUUAAUGCCAUUCAUUCAGCUUGACGGUCGGACGAUUUCAUAAAGAUUUUCAUAUAGCUAUAGUAGUGUAUACAUAGAUAGAUUUGAUUUAACAAUUCGCAUUCUUGCAGUGGUCUAUACAAGUGUGGGUGUGUACGUAGAGAGUGUGGCUUUAGAUUUUUAUUAAAAUAUAAAUCUCUUCCCUUUCAGAAGUGUACAUAAAUAUAGAUGUAUUAUGUAUUAUGUAUGUAUAUAUGUAGUCUAUGAGCGUAAUACACAUAUCUGGAAAACAAAAACUAAUCUCGUUUCCGCUUUCUCUGCUCGGUACUAGUAUUAUGUAAUAUGGUGGUUUUGUUUGUUGUAGGUUGUUUCUGCUUUGUUGUCUUGUCCUGUCCAGUCGUAUAUCGUAUAUCGAAUAUCGUAUAUAGCUUUUCUCAAUCGAACGGGAAGAAGGCAACCCGAUGUGCCAGCCAGUCAACGCUUGCUUCUUUUUUGUUUGUUGGUUCUAUAAUUAUUAUUACAUAUUACAGUUAAUUCAUAAUUAAAGUUAAACAAAUACUUAUACUCUAUUGUAUUGUGUAAUAUAUGAAACAUUUUAGCUGUAUUUUGUUUUGUAAGUAUUUUUGUUUGAUUUCUUCUGUGUUCUUUUUCUAUCUUUCCUAUCUCUCCGACAUCCUGUGCUCUACUGACGCGUUAAACAAUUACCUCGCAUAAUGUAUGGGACUACAUUAGAAAAACAAAUUAGUUUCGACACACAGACAACGUGAGCAUUGCACAGCAUUUAGUUUGGCAAAUGUUGUUUGCCACGU